GCGCGGGGCUUCGGCGACGAGGAGGAGAGGCGCUGCGACGCCAUCCGCAUCGCCAUGUGCCAGAACCUGGGCUACAAUGUCACCAAGAUGCCCAACCUGGUGGGCCACGAGCUGCAGGCGGACGCCGAGCUGCAGCUCACCACUUUCACCCCGCUCAUCCAGUACGGCUGCUCCAGCCAGCUUCAGUUCUUCCUUUGUUCGGUCUAUGUCCCGAUGUGCACGGAGAAGAUUAACAUCCCCAUAGGUCCCUGUGGUGGCAUGUGCCUCUCCGUCAAAAGAAGAUGUGAACCUGUUUUAAAAGAGUUUGGAUUUGCCUGGCCGGACAGCCUGAACUGCAGCAAAUUCCCUCCCCAGAAUGAUCACAACCACAUGUGCAUGGAGGGCCCGGGAGAUGAAGAGGUUCCCCUUCAUAGCAAGACAUCCUUGCAGCCUGGAGAGGAGUGUCACAGCAUGGGAUCUAAUUCAGAUCAGUACAUCUGGGUCAAGAGAAACCUGGACUGUGUCCUGAAGUGUGGCUACGACGCUGGGCUCUACAGCAGGUCAGCGAAGGAGUUCACAGAUAUCUGGAUGGCCGUGUGGGCCAGUCUGUGCUUCAUAUCAACUGCGUUCACAGUCCUGACCUUCCUGAUUGAUUCAUCCAGAUUUUCCUACCCAGAGCGCCCAAUCAUAUUUUUGAGCAUGUGCUACAAUAUUUAUAGCAUUGCUUAUAUUGUGAGGCUAACUGUGGGCCGGGAAAGGAUAUCCUGUGAUUUUGAAGAGGCAGCAGAACCUGUUCUUAUCCAAGAAGGUCUUAAGAACACAGGAUGUGCUAUAAUUUUCUUGCUGAUGUACUUUUUCGGGAUGGCUAGCUCCAUCUGGUGGGUUAUUCUGACACUGACGUGGUUUCUGGCUGCAGGACUCAAGUGGGGCCACGAAGCUAUAGAAAUGCACAGCUCUUAUUUCCACAUCGCAGCCUGGGCUAUCCCUGCAGUGAAGACCAUCGUCAUUUUGAUUAUGAGACUGGUAGAUGCCGAUGAGCUCACUGGCCUGUGCUACGUUGGGAACCAGAACCUGGAUGCGCUGACGGGCUUCGUGGUUGCUCCGCUUUUUACCUACCUGGUUAUUGGAACUUUAUUCAUUGCAGCGGGAUUAGUGGCCUUAUUUAAAAUCAGAUCUAAUCUUCAGAAAGAUGGGACUAAAACUGACAAACUGGAGAGGCUGAUGGUUAAAAUUGGUGUCUUCUCCGUGCUGUACACCGUCCCAGCAACGUGUGUGAUUGCCUGUUAUUUCUACGAAAUCUCCAACUGGGCCGUUUUCCGCUAUUCGGCUGACGAUUCCAAUAUGGCAGUGGAGAUGCUCAAAAUCUUCAUGUCCCUUCUGGUGGGCAUCACUUCAGGUAUGUGGAUCUGGUCAGCCAAAACUCUGCACACGUGGCAGAAGUGCUCGAACAGACUGGUGAACUCAGGGAAAGUGAAACGGGAGAAAAGAGCGGACGGUUGGGUGAAACCUGGGAAAGGGAAUGAGACUGUGGUGUGAGAAAAGGACAGCGUCCAGACGGUCUGACUGCUCUCACCUGAAGGACUGUUCGUGUGUAAGAACUGCAGUGUAAGUGUUGGGAGCUGAGUGAGGAGAUGGUUACAAAACUUGUCUCUUGGGGAAGGAAAAAAAAAUGCCUUAAAGAAUAAACGAACAAACAAGUAAUGCUGGAAAUAUGAAAGCCAUAAACUGUGCUGCCCGAAAUAGGAAAGCCCAGGGAGGCUUUAAAAGCUGUGAAAUAUCCGAACACGUUAUCUUCCUUUUUUUUUUAAAAGCAGGAUGCAAUAUACCAAAGUCUUUAAAAGCAAUGGGAUAGUAGGCCGCAGCUGCGGGAUACUGUUUUAUUUUCAUCAUCUUGCAGCUGCAAGAGGAAAGGCAGUGCAGGUCCAAAUUCUGGGCUGAGACAGGGUGCAGUUACCAGAAGAUGGAGCAUCCAGGACCUCAGAUAGGUGUCUUCUUCCUGAGCAUUGUGAAAGAAGUGCUCUCUGAGGGCUGUCUCUGCGCCCUGGGGAAUUCCAUCGCCCUCUUAGGCUGCACAAGUCAGCCAAGGAUCAGGUCCUCCAACAGAGAAUCACGUGAACUUCCCAAGUCUGGGAAUUACCCAAAAGAAGGAUUUAGUGAGGUAUUAGUGAGAAUGACUCUUAAGUCAUCUGAUGGUCUAGUAAUAAUUUUGGCUUGUUCUUUUCACUGCCUGUAACCUGGUCUGAUAUGAGUGCUGAGACCCUGCUUUGAGCAGGAAUUUAGACCUCCUGAGGUCCUUCCCAACCUGAACCAUUCUGUUAUUCUGUCAGUGCUUUAUAUUUUUAAAAAAGCUUUUCUCGAGGUCAUGGUCAGAAGUAGAGGAACUGUGGGAAUCUGGAAAUUGUGCGUGCUGUUACACAUCAGCUGUCGUCGUCCGCCUGCCUCUUCCUAUUCCUUCAGGUGCUACUGCUAUUUCCAGCUGACUGCUUCAUUUUGCUGAGCUUAAUAGCUUUAAAUAAAGUCUUGUGUUAUCAUGCUCCUUCCUACAGGAAAGAGAAAAACGAGUUGAGGGUCUCUUUAGAACAAUGUCAGUUUUUCUCCAAGUAAACUUAUCUGUCUCUCUGGAGACCCAUUGCAUGAAGCAAUUAAGUCUUAAUAUAUUUCGUUCAGCGUGAUGGUAUCUCUGCAGACGCCAGUCUGGGGGAAGUGAAACGUUGAGUUCCUUGGCAACCUCAUGUUCACACAGAUCAGUUGUAUAAUUAUGUGUGUCAGUUACAAUUAAAAGAACAUUCUCAGUCCGUGACAUCGCAAUACAGCUGAUUGCCUCAGAACGACGCUCCAGUUGCUCACUGACAGCUAUGGAGUGGUUUUAUUUUAUUUUAUUUUGUAUAGAUGCAUACAGAAUGUGUGCAGGCAUUCAGUCCUCAGGAAUGACAGAGACAUUGUCAGUUUUUGGAAAUGGAUCCAAGAGAAGAGAUCCAUUUACAAAUAAUGUCGUUUCACAGCAACUGCCAAGUUUUUCUAUCCUUUUAAUUGAGGAGGCAUUGGCUUGUGCUCACAGGGAGCUUGAACCUUGUGUCUGGGACUUGUUUGGCUGUUAAAAAAGGUGAUGCAAGCAGCAAUAACCCAUAAAUAUUUAAGAGAAUGCUGUUUCAAUGCUCUGUCCCUCUGAAGGACCUUCGGCUCUGAGUACUCCAAAUUUUUGCUUUGUUUAUGUGGAUCCUGCUUAGCUGCUGGGCAUCUAAGCCCCGUGCCCUGACUGCUGUGAUCUUCAAGGGCUGCUGAGAGCACGCAUUUGCCCUCACUUUUCCUACGGGUGCCCAUGUGCUGCUUCCCAAACCACAGUUCAUUCCUGCUCUGUCCCAGCAGCAUGUGUUGUUUCAAUGGCAAUGUUGAAACAUGUGCUAGAGCAUAUUAAAAAAAAAAAAAAAAA